GUGUGUUAAUCAGUAGGUGGCGGUAAUGCACCCAAACGCUGUUUGACAACUCUGAAUAACAAACAGACGAAGAAGAACACGCUUAAACUCCACAGAAGAAGACGACGCUUCACAAAUGGCGGGUACUUCCAAAGAAGAGCAGCUCGUCCGGCGCGUUUAUGCUGCAUUACAGGCGGCGUCUUGUCCCCUGGUGGACGGUCUGUACCUGCAGGAGGCCGGCAGCAUGCUGCAGCUGCUCUGCGCUCCCUCUCAGCACCGCACCGACAUCCUGAAGUGGAUCUGCAGCAGUAUCAACCCAAGCUUUGCCCACUCCAAGGCGCUGGUGCUGAGAUCCAGCAGCCCAGAUGUUCUGACCAAAGAAAUAGCCGUGCUUGGGCAGGAGCUGAUGCUGUGCAGGGCCGACGACCUGGACCUGAUCAGGGGUGAAGCGAGUUCCCACAGGCAGCUUCGGUUCCUGGAGCAGCUUUUAACUUUAGUACCCGGCUGUGAGAAGUCAGCUGGAGGCCGAGUGGAUCCCGAGGUGCUGCUGAGCGAGCUCUACGCAGCGGAGAAUCUGCUUCACCUCUCACAGAUGCUCCGACCCGCCCUGGACCCCUGGCCUGCACACAUCAAGGCUUUACGCAACGGCGCCACGUCCUCCCUGAAGCCAAACAGGAAGGAGGCCGGCGACGUGGCCACCCUGCUCCAGCUGACCCGGUCGGCCCUGGAGCAGCUGCAGUCUCAGGUACGAGGCCUCCUCCCUCCUGCAGGUUGUGACCCGCAACUGGACCCCAGCGCUGCCUCAGGAAUAAGCUCUGUGAGCAUGAAUCAGGCUGCCUGGCUACAGUCCUCACUCCGGGAAUGUGAAUCUUUGCCGCCUGGCCGAGCGGAUUCAGUAGAUGCUGUGACUGCACAUGCGCGCUGGGCGCACUAG